AUGGUUAUGAGAACCAUAGUUGCAGUAUUCUUCCUGCUUCAUUUUAGGUUUGGGGUCGAAGGUUGCAGCCUCUCUUAUGAUUUCUAUGAGAUAUCGUGCCCACAGGUUGAGGACAUUGUGAAAGAUGGCCUUCAGGCUAUGUUUCUCACCGAUCCCACUUCACCAGCAGCUUUGUUAAGGCUUAUGUUCCAUGACUGCCAAGUUCAGGGUUGUGAUGCUUCCAUUCUAGUUGAUCCUGGAGAGGGAAGUGUGCCAACGGAGAUGGCUUCAGCUAAGAAUUUUGGAAUUAGAAAGAGGGAGUUGAUAAGCAUUUUGAAAUCAAUGGUGGAAGCGCAAUGCCCCCAACAAGUUUCUUGUGCUGACAUUCUCAUAUUGGCUGCUCGAGAGGCAGUGGCUCUGACUGGAGGGCCACGGAUACAGGUUCCCUUGGGACGGAGAGAUUCUUCGCAAACCCUCAGCUAUGAACUUGCAGAUACAGUGCUGCCUCCUGCAACAGCUGGAGUAGCUGACAUGCUUAACAUUUUCGCCGAGAAAGGAAUGACUCUAGCAGAAUCUGUUGCCAUUUUGGGUGCCCACACCCUAGGGAUUACGCAUUGUUCAAACAUUCAGAACCGUCUCUACAGUUCCAACAAUGGUGAGCUUAGAGCAAUGGAACCUGGUUUUGCAUCCUUCUUGAGGUUAACUUGUCGCCGGGGACCCCUAACCUCAAAUUUAAGCUUUGUUCUCAACGAUCCUACCACGUUUGUGUUUGAUAACGAAUACUAUGUUAAUGCAAUGGGAGGCCGGGGAGUACUGAAAAUAGAUGCUGAAAUGGCAUUAGACCCGCAAACAGCUCACGUUAUGCAACGUUUCUCCAUUAAUCAGGAUGAUUUCUUCCAGGAAUUCUCCUCUGCCUUUGUGAAACUAUCUUGUUCCGGGGUUGUAACUGGGAAACAAGGUGUAAUUAGAAAGAAUUGCAAUGCAAUAAACUGA